CGUUACCCAAGCAACGCAUUAAUCAAAGCUCAACAUCUCCGGUACUCUGACCAAUCAGAGUGAGAGCAUUGAGUCAAGAUGUUUUACCUUGGAGGAUCGUCCAGUCGUGCACUUUUCAUGUUGUUGUGAUUUAAAACAGGCUUCUAAUAGUCUCUUAUUUACUUAAAAUACAUUUUUGUCUCCCUUUUCACAUAUUACAACACUCUUUUGCAGAAGAAUGCCUAAAUCUGCACUAAUGGAAGCUGUCUUUGGGGAACUAUGAAUGAGAUCUGCAAAUUUAACAUCAAGACUUUGAUCAUUAGUUCUUUCUGAAGCGAUUGACCUCUUUUCUGACUUUGAGCAUCAGUGUCUGGGUCCAUUGUGGUGCCGAAGGAGGUUGAUGGCGAGGUUCAAGUUGGUGCGGGUCAAAGUGAGCUGGACGGCACUUUUGACUCUAGCCCACUUCACGUACUUGCUGGUUGGGGCCACCAUCUUCCAGAUACUGGAGAGAGACGCUGAGAGCAACAACCGAAACCACUUCCAACUGGAGAAGUUACAUUUCUUGGCCAACUACACCUGCCUGGACGGACCGGCCUUGGAGAAGUUUGUUCAGGUGAUUUUGGACGCCUGGGAAAAGGGAGUAAAUCCCUCUGGAAACUCAACAAACCCCAGUAACUGGGAUUUUAGUAGCUCCUUCUUUUUUGCAGGCACAGUAGUCACAACUAUAGGCUACGGCAACCUCUCCCCCAGCACUGUGUCUGGCCAGGUGUUUUGUGUGUUUUACGCACUGUGUGGAAUCCCGCUGAACCUUGCGUUCCUCAAACAGCUGGGGAAGUGUCUCACCAUCCAUCUGGGUCGACUGGAGAGGGGAAUGGUCUCAGUUGUUCCACAUAAGGUACUGCCAAAAAAACUGAGAUAUGGUUUAUGCCUGCUGUUUUUGGUCAUCCCUCCUCUGCUGUUUAGUUACGUGGAAGAAUGGACGUUUGGCGAAGGCUUCUAUUUCGCCUUCAUUACCCUCAGCACCAUUGGUUUUGGAGAUUAUGUGGUGGGGACAGACCCAGGCAAGGAGUACAUCUCUCUGUACCGUAGCCUUGCAGGCAUAUGGAUCAUCUUUGCCUUGGCUUGGCUUGCUCUUAUCCUCAACAUGGGAGCCAGAAUAAUGGAGCAUGCCAUUGGCCUGACUCAUCCAGGCUUCAGGAAACACGAGGAGGAAGAGGACCGAGGAAAAGCCUACCAGGAAGCCGAGAUGGGAAUAAAGGAAAUGUUCAACCUGGCGCGGGUGCCUUCCAUCCUCAUGCUCGGGGUGGUUUACGUGACCUACGUGCUGAUCGGCGGGGUCAUUUUCUGGAAGCUGGAGGGAGAACUCGGAAAGAAGGACAUCAGUAUUUUAAUGCAGAACAAAAAUAGGCUGCUCACGACAUACACCUGUCUGAACCAAGAAGGCCUGGAAGCAGUGGCUCAGGUUGUUCAAGAUGCGUCCAAGGUUGGCCUGAGUUUGAAAGGCAACUUUACCACAGAUGGCUUCUGGAAAUUCACCAGCUCAGCUGUGUUUGCUGCCACUGUGGUCACGACUAUAGGUUAUGGGAACAUAAGUCCCAGCACCACUGCUGGCCAGAUCUUUUGUGUGUUCUUCGCCUUAUUUGGUAUCCCGCUCAACCUGGUGGUGCUCAACAGAGUGGGCAAGUACAUGCUCGCUUUAGAGAGAAACAUCUCCGACUUCCUCGAGGGGAAGACCGGGCGAAGGAAGUGUACCAGAUUUUUUGUCCACCUGGUGUCCUACCUGUCUGGAGCAGUGCUCUUCUUUGUUGUGCCCAUGGUUAUGUUCCAGCUGCAUGAGGGAUGGAGCUUCUCCGGGGCCAUCUACUACUGCUUCAUCACCCUCAGUACAAUCGGCUUUGGAGACUACGUUGCAGACAGUAAUCCAGACAAAGUAUACCCAGAGUGGUACAGCGUCCUCAUGGCCUGCUGGAUCUUCUUCGGCCUGGCCUGGCUCGCCCUGCUCAUCAACCACUCCAUCGACAUCCUGGAGCGGCUCAACACACACUUCAAACUGCGGUGGGGCGGACAGAGGCAGGAGGAGGAGUCUAGCAGCGCAGCGGGCGACGUUCCGGACACACAAAUGGAAGAAGAAGAUGACAUGAGGAAGCCUCCAAUACCUCAGUAA